AUGGAGAUGGAGGAGUUGAAGAAACCUCUUUGUUUUCUCCCCAAAGAGGACAACAUGGCGAUAUAUGAUCUUGAAAGAAACAAGCAGAUGGGCAUAAAUUCAGAAUCCUGGGCCGUAGCAUUUAAUGAGGAAAGUGAACAGUCACCGCCAACCCAGGCCGCGAAACUGGUAGCUACCACCUCCAAACCACUUGAUACUGCGCGGACCAGCGUACCCACUGAACAUCUCACUAAAAACCGGGAGAAAAAAUCCUUACUACUUCUUGAAGGAGAUUUUACAUUGCUACUUUCUAGUAAAGUCGGCUCGGAUAGGGUGAUCCAGCGAGAACAAUGUAGUGGGAAUGCUAAAGCUGCAUACAAAGCACUGAAGCAAACCACAAAUGCAGAAGGGGGCCAGCACGAAGCCAGCUCUGAACAGUGUCAUCCCAGCGUCCGAAGGAAGCCUAUCUCUGGUGAAAUUAAGGAAAAAACAAAGUCACAAACCAUUCCUAUCAAUACCUCGGGGUCUUCAGAUGAGAUUAAGGCAGGAAAUAUAUCAAGAGUUUCCCUUGACCACCAAAACUGCACAGUUGUUCAAGGCCUACCUGAGUCAAACUGA